AUGCGAGAGCAGACCAAGGGUCAAAGUCUGAUGGCUCGGUAUGUACUGCAGAAUGCUGCUCGUGACGAGGCGCACAGCUCAUCGUUCUCCGCGACAGCGACCACUGCAGAUACUCAUCACCCGCGCGGGAUAAUGAAGCUGGUGCAGAGUGUUCCCCGGCUUCGAUUCCGCAGCCAGCAGGUGCACCGCCGCAAAAUCACCUUGCUGGGUUACCAGGAAGUGGGCAAGACAUCCUUGCGCAAGUGCUUUGAGUCUGAACCGUUUUUCUUCAAGGACCUUCCAGAUGUGCGCACAACCACCGGUGUCGAAGUACAGGAGAAGUCCAUGACGAUCGACAGCGAGACUGUUCACUUAAUCCUUUCCGACUUUGCGGGGCAGGAGUCUUACCACUCACACACGUAUUUCCUAACGGAGCGCUCCAUCUUUCUUCUGGUCUGGAAGCUCUCGGCUGUGGAGCAGGACUUCCAAAGUAGUGGCAUCAACGCGCGCGAGGAGAAGCGACUGCAGCGGUGGAUUGCGGAGGUGUUCGCCAAGUACCCACAUGCCCGUAUCGUGCUAGUGGCCACUCACCUCGAUGAGCUUCGCGUGCAGGGACAGCGGAGUGUCGAGAUGAUCCUCAACAAGGUCGAGGGAAAGCUCCGCUCGUAUAUUGAUGACCUAAUCGCUGCAUCCAACGCAACGGCGGCGCCGACACCGGGGACGCCGGCGUUGACUUCCUCAUCCACGACAGUCGGGGGUGCUUCUUCCCCCUCAAAGGAGCAGACGUUAUUGCACCUGGCGCAGAUGCGUGACGCGCGCCGGGUCAUUGUCGGCAACUUCGCUGUUUCGUGCAAGACACGUCUUAUCAUCGCCGCUGGAAACGCGCUGCGACACCUCUCUGGCCAGAAGAUUAGCGGUCUGCUGAAGUAUCUCGGGAUGGUGGUGAAGGAGGACUGCUUUGCGGACCGCGAAUACCCCGCUGCGGUGGUGCCCGGACGUCACGUCAAGCUGAUAGAGAGCCUUGAGGAUAUGAAGCGGCGCCAUCCGUUUAAGUUACUGAUGCGCUUAGGAGAGUUUGUGCAGAUGGCGGUGAACGUCGGCAUUGAGUCGGAGAGGGAGCUGUUGCAGGUCGCGCGCCUCAUGCACAGCUGGGACAUUAUCUACCUCUUCAACCAGUACUCAAUGGAGGACAACCUCCUCAUCGUUCUCUACCCUCGCUGGCUGAACCGGAUGUCUGCCUCACUCUUCUCCUAUGCCCACCUCCUGCGCACCCCAUUGCACAUGCGCAGUAUGAUUGGUGGCCUCGAGUACCUGGUGAGCAACGCCGAGAUGGCCGACAUGUGCCUGAUGCGGAAGGGCUACUUGCGAUGGCCGCUGGCACGUGUUCUCUUCCACAAGCCCCUCUCCGACUUCCUGCGGCAUCCACCGGACGACGCAGACAUCACCAUGUGCCUGGAGCUACUAGAGUCGAUGCAGCUCAUUUACCCAGUUGAGGUAGAGUGCGACGAGUUUGAGGUGCUUGUGGAGGAGGUACCUGUGAACCCUAGUGUUGGUCGUCCGGUCGUCGAGUCACAGAAGAUCACUCGCUACUACGUCCCCUCACUCUCACCACUCGAAACACCGCAGUCGCUGAAGAAGUUGGCACCCGUCUUGUUUCACCGCGGCGUUCGGGUGCGGCUCGAGUUCAACCUCCUCCCUGACGAGUUCUGGUGGCGAUUUCAGUGCAAGUUGCACCGCUUUAUCAAGGUAGUCACUGUGUAUCAACCUGCGCUGGGCGGGGUCGACGAUGAGGACUUGCUGCUGAACGGCUUCCGGCUGCGGGAGGCGGACGAGGAGCAUAACCGAUGGCGAGACUCCCUGUGGCUCAUGGGCCGGGGCUGCCGUGUGCUGGUGUACCGUGAUGGAGCGAAUGCGGUAUCGGUUCUCUCCGCAGAGAAUACACCGCGUGGGUCGGAGGAGGUGCUGCAGGCGAUGGAGGACGCAUUGACAGCGCUUCUUCGACACUACAAAGGUGUGCAGCGCCGCACGUUUGUGGCUUGCCCCAGCCAGGACUGCGGAGGCUGGCUCGAGGCGGACGUUGUUGCGUCUAGUGUCAGCAUCACGUGCCCCACCUGCAAGCAGACGUUUGAUAGCAAGCAGGUGGUUUCCUCUGGCGUGGGGCCGCUCGGCGCGCCACGCUUCUCACAAACCCUCCUGGUCGAAGCAGGCGAGCUGCUCGCUUUCUGCCUUUCGCACCAGUCUUGCCUCCACAUGUGCCGGUACCUGGGUAUCCCAUACAAGGGGCCCUCUCCAGCCCGUGGAGAGUCGGUGGAGGCUGCGGCACACUCUGAGAGUGACAGCGGCCAGGCAGACGUCCUGGGCACUCAUGUUGAGUACCUGCAUGCACUGGACAAGGUGGUGCAGGCGGUGCUGUUUCGCUCGUGGAUGCAGCGCACCGAAGAGCAGGAGCGCCGCCGUCGCAUGCUCGAGGACGAGCCAACUCCAGCGUUCUUUUGA